GAAGCGGCUCCGUUUCCUUUGGUAUCUUCUCUUCGCUCUCUAACUUUAUCGCGCCGUCGAUCUCCGCCAUCCGCCGAUCGUCUCCGCCUCCUCGUCCGGAGACUCCGUAGACCGCGCUCCUCCUCCAGAUAUUCGCGUCCUCGAACUUUUCUGCCUGAUCCUGCCGAUUCUCGCCCUAUUCCACCAAAUUUCCCUCCGGUCCGUACGAUAUGAGGAGGACUUUGUGCAAGUUUUUUAUGCAUGGAGCUUGCUUGAAGGGGGAUCACUGUGAGUUUUCCCAUGAUUGGCAAGAUCAAGCCAACAAUAUAUGCACCUUUUACCAGAAAGGUGUCUGCUCUUAUGGUAGUCGUUGCAGAUAUGACCAUGUAAAAGUUUCCCGUACCCAUUCAUCAGGUCCAUCAUUCUCCUUAUCACCAAACUCUCAUCCUCGCUCAUCAUCGGGUUCUCAUCAAGUCACUCACACUUCUGAAGUUCCUUCAGCAAGAGAACAUGUUUUGGAACCAAGCAAAUCCAUAGAUGUGUCAACAAUGAAUUUGAUCCACAAACUUCCUUCUACAUCUGUAUGGACAAGUAAUUUUGAAACUGUUACUUCUUCGAAUGAUGAGCUUGGAGACCAUCCUACCUAUUUAACAGAUUCUGACCGCCCCAUCUGCUCGUUUGCUGCCGCUGGUAGAUGUCCUUAUGGACAAAGUUGCCCUCGCCUCCAUGGUGAUUUAUGCACCAUUUGUGGAAAACAUUGCUUGCAUCCAUUCCGUCCUGAUGAAAGAGAGGAACAUAUAAAGAUGUGUCAAAAGAAUAACAAGCACCUUGAAGCCCUGAAAUACAGUCAAGAAAUAGAGUGCAGCGUUUGUCUUGACCGAGUACACUCUAAACCCAAUCCAGCUGAGAGGAAAUUUGGGUUGCUUUCGGAGUGUGACCAUCCAUUUUGUAUCUCAUGUAUUCGCAAUUGGCGUGGCAAUUCUCCAGCAUCUGGCAUGGAUAUCAACUCUGCAUUAAGGGCUUGUCCUAUAUGCCGAAAGCUAUCAUACUUUGUCAUCCCUAGUAUCAUCUGGUAUUCUACAAAGGAGGAAAAGCAGGAGAUCGUUGACAACUACAAAGCCAAACUCAAAUCAAUUGAUUGCAAAUAUUUUGACUUUGGAAAUGGCACAUGCCCUUUUGGAACUAGCUGCUUCUACAAGCAUGCAUAUAGAGAUGGUCGUUUGGAAGAAGUCGUACUACGCCAUCUAGAUGCUGAAGAUGGAAACACGGUCAUUGCCAAAGAUAUAAGGCUUUCCGAUUUCUUCAGCGGACUGCGUCUGUAGGCUCAUAUCACUUGUGUAUAAUAAAACGAAACGUAUUGUUUCAAGGAUAUUUGCUGUGCUGGCUCCUCUAUAUGCGAUGAAAUGGAUUUAUCAUUCUACUGAGACUACGAUAUUGAGAAAUGACGUUAGCACUGGUCAGCACCAAUCUGCAGGAGGGAUCAAAGAAGGAAGAAGAAGAAAUGGGGAGGAAGCUUGUGGGAGAUCUCACCACUGACCUCCAGCUUAAGCCUCCUAUAAAACCCUAGCUUGUGGAAGACCUGUUCUUGUCGCCAACCUCGAGCAUGCAGAAGCCUCACGGGGUUCAUGAUGGAACACUAGCCCAUGGAAACCUAAAAGCAGUGUUGCUUGACAAGCCUCAUGAGUUGAUAACUCCGUGUCAUUUGUGUUGAUGAGUUUCAUGUGUCGAUCAAUUGGCAUAAUGGUAAAUUUUGCCUAUCUCAACCCGCAUGGCUAAAAAUUUUACACCAUGAAUCAAAUUUAUCAAACAACACCUUUCCAUUGCCAGUAAGAUGUUACAGUUUAAAUACAGGUUGCGAGAUAAGUGUUCAUUAUGUCAUCCUUCUAUCCUAUGUGCGUUAGGCAUUUGAAUCAUACCACAGAAGCCUUUUACUAAUCCAUUUCAGUUAACUUCUCCAUCGUUCUUUAACCACGGAGAACUUUUUGACAUAUCUACCAUAUGGCUAUCGCUGAAAUAUAGUCCCAUUAUCGACAGUCCUGUCUUUCUCAAAAACUAUACAGUAAUCCAAAUUUCUUAAUUUUGUUUUACUAUCAACUUCCUAACCUUGCAAUACUAACAUUUUUCCUAUUUUCUCCAGUGAUUAAUUACAUUUUUUUUU